AUGCCGCCACCCCAGCCACGGCCUACGCCGCCGACCCAAGGUCCCUCGACACCGUCCAAAACAACUCGCAUCACAGGAACACCGUCGAAAAAGCCCAGCAAGUAUCCCUCGCGUCCCUCGACACAAUCGUCCUCUACGCCGCGCAAGAGCAGCGAUACGCCUAGGACCGCAGCACCGUCCACGCCUGGCCGAUCGUCCUUGUCAAAGCCUGAGCUAGUCAACUCGUCGCCGUCCAAGAUGGGCAUGACAGGCACGCCAACCCAGGCCACACGGCUCAAGACGACCCCAGCUGCCAAGGCCCAAACGCCCUCGCAACCGCCGCCUACGCCCUCCACGCCGCCAUCGUCGUCGGAGAUCGCCGAGGCGACCAAGUCGACUGUGCGCCAAGUGCUUUCGACGUCGCCACGGCGGUCCACAUGGCUCUUGCGUGUACAGGGCCUUGCGAGUGUCUUGUUCCGCUUGGCCGCGUUUGUGUUCUUGCGCAUCAUUCCCGGGUGGUUCGGUUUCUACGCCAUUCACUUGUACGCCAUCUACUUUCUCGCAUGGCUGCUCUACGAUGUGCGCGCGCGUCGCAGGCCAAGUUCAGAAGCGUUCUCACUCCGUUCAGUGGUGUUGGGCACAUCGACCAAGUCACGUAGCCUGAAUCUCGUGCACCUCGCGAUCAACACCAUUGUCUUGCUGUGGGUCCUCGACUUGUACUAUGCUCCGCACAUGUUCCCUUCUCACCGUGAGUCGUCGCUUCGGUUUGCUCGGAUGGGCCACAUCAGCCCUACUUCCGCCACCGUGCACGUUCGCUAUCCCACGCCGCUGCCGCCGCUCACAGGUCUGUGGGACACUGGCUUGGACGACGUGGGCGAAUUGACCGACGCCUCUACCAUCAACGAAGCGCCGCUGCGGGUCAUAUGGCGUCGCGUCGCGGACCAGGAUGACAAUGCGCCUGCGCUGAACACGGUACGCGACCCUCGCCGCUGGGAACGUGGACCUUUGCUUACACUGACCAAUGCCACAGACUGGACCGCGGUCGCUGAGCUGCCUGAUCUCUGGCCUGCGACCAAGUACGAAUGGCGCCUGGCUUUCGUGCACAACAACACGUUUACCCCGAUGCCAGAUCGGCCUAUUCCAUUCAUGACAUGGCCCGAUCCGCGUCUCUCUGCCUACCGCAAGACCAAGUUUGCCGAGAACGAGGCCCCGGUCUCGGAUGCUAUCCCCUUGGACGACCCGAACCAUUUCAAGUUUGCUGCAUUCUCCUGCGUCAAGCCCGACUUUCCGUACCACCCCGCGCAGUUCUGGGGCUGGAACUGGCUGCUGCGUUGGCUCGGCCUUGGCACAGAGCAAGGCGGUAUCACGUCGCGCAACCGUAUCCCCGGCUUUGAUUUGAUGGCCAACCACCUGGCAUCGUCGUCGCACCGCCUGUCUGGCCUUCGCUUCCUGCUCGAACUAGGCGAUCUUAUCUACGCGGAUGUCCCACGUUAUGGCGGACCUUCUGUCGAAUCCUACCGCCAGCUCUACCGCAAUCUCUUUGCCUCGUCCUCGUUCCAGCGCAUUUAUCGUUCUAUCCCGAUUCUCGGCAUGUACGACGACCACGAAAUCGUGAACAACUGGAGCGGCGGUGGCUAUAAUGAGGACAACUUCCUCCACUCGGAGUCGGCCCAUGACAACGAAGCGGAGCGCGUAGAUGCACCGAUAGGCCUGGGCGCUGGUCUCCAGGCGUGGAGUGAAUAUGUGGGCCGUGCCAAUCCGCCGUCUGAAGCGGAGAGCGAGCACUACUAUUCUUUCCAGUACGGUGACUCGGCGUUCUUUGUGCUUGAUACACGCAAACAUCGCACUCACCUUGAUACAGACGAGGAAGAGCGCACGAUGCUGGGCCAGCAACAACGCGAUGCUCUACUCGACUGGCUCCAUAAGGUAAACCAAACGGCCACCUUCAAGUUCAUUGCUUCUUCAGUUCCCUUUACCAGCUUGUGGGGCGGGCCUCUUGAUCUGGAUGGCCGCACAGAUGGAUGGUCGUACUUCCCACACGAGCGACGCAUGUUGCUUGAUGUCCUCCAAUACGUGCCCAACGUCAUUAUCCUCAGUGGCGAUCGACACGAGUUUGCCUCUGUGUCGUUCCGUGACUCGGUUUUGGAAUUCAGCACCAGCCCUCUGUCCAUGUUCUACAUUCCUAUUCGCACCCUUUCCCAAGAACAUUCGAUUGACCCACCGGGCGAGGAAGUACUGCUGAAAUACUUGCCCGAUGGCAAUUACAAGUGGACCGAGCUGGAAGUCGAUACACGCGAUCCCCAACGGCCGUUGGUCAAGGUGAGCGUUCAGGUGGAUGGACAACCUGCAUGGAACGUCCAGAUUGAAGGAAAACCUGUUCAUCAGCCACUGAGCGCCCUGGGUGCCUUAGCCAAGUCAUUGUUGGAGCUUUUGGGCUUCCGUAACUUGGACUGGUUCUAG